AUGGGCUAUGUCUCUUGGUGGCUCGGAGAGGGUUCCGAGGGUUCUGACGGUGCGGCUUCAGUGGGAGAUUCCUCUUCUUGUGGAGUCGUUGGGGAAGUCGGCAUGGUAGAUGGAGGUUGUGUCGUGGGCUGCGCGCUUGUCUCUGAUGCGGUUACGGCCGGGCUUACUCCGGUCAAGCUCCCCUGUCCUCCGAUUCAGCUGAAAUUUACUAACUCCGCCGCCCAAUUUCUAGUCGGAUCUUGCAGCCUAAGAAACUCCGCCAUUGCGUCUAAAGAGAUCAUCGCUGGUGCUUGCAGAGCCGGCUCUGAUGGUUGUGGGUUCGGCGGUGGUUGUGUGGACGGUGGUUCUUCUUGCGGCUGUUGUGUUUCUGGGACCUCUUCCCGGCUGUUUGAAGGGGUUUGA